AGGAAACCACCACCGGAUAACGAUUGCUAAAAUUUGCAAAAAGCUUUUUUAAUUAACUAACCGUUCACUCUCGAUACUGCAACUCAUACUUUCAUAAACUGAAUAAAAAACUGCACAAAGGUGAGAGAGAGAGGGAGAGGGUUUUCGGCUUUUUGCUGCGAAAAGGGUAUUUACAUAGACGAUAUACCUCGUUGUGGAGAACUUGAGGAGAGGCAGGAGGCCAAGUGAGUCUAUUUCGAUCUGAGCCGCGGCGGGAGUCGUAGAGUUCCAGGGGAGACAGCGAAGGAGAGAGUAUGAGCAGCGGAGGGAGUACUACCAACGGUAAUGGGAAGGGUAAUAAUGGGGUUCCGUCGAUCCCGGCGGCGUCGAGGAAGAUAGUUCAGAGCUUAAAGGAGAUUGUAAACUACCCCGAACAUGAGAUCUAUGCCAUGCUCAAGGAAUGUAACAUGGACCCUAACGAUACCAUUCACAGGCUACUCUCCCAAGAUCCUUUUCAUGAGGUGAAGAGCAGGCGAGAAAAGAAAAAAGAGAGCAAGGAGACAACUGAAUCCAGAUCUCGAGGUCUUGGUAGUACUUCAAAUCGUGGAGGUAAGGGAGGUACUGACCGUAAUGUUGGACGUGGUGGCCCAACUCAGUUCAGCUCUGCUGAGCCUGGAAGUUUGCGCGGUAAACCUGCAUACAAGAAAGAAAAUGAGGCUAAUGCUUUUCCAAGUUCGUCUUCUGCCUCUGGUAUGGCUGGAAAUUCUACUAGUAGGCGGCCUACAUCUCUCAGUUCAGUCAGUGCUGAAAGCAAGAUACAGUCAACAAGCACAUGCGAUGGUAUUUCUUCAGCUCUGCAACCUUCUCCAGGACAUCAGCCUGCCUGGUUAGGGGUCCCAGGCCAAGUUUCAUUGGCUGACAUUGUGAGGAUGGGUAGACCGCAGAACAAAGUUUCAACCAGUACCCCGGUUGUGUCAAAAGAGGUUUCUUAUGCGCAACAUAAUGCAGUUUUACCAAACAUAUCUCACCAUACCAUGAAACAUCCACCAAUUUCUGGUCCUUUGUCAUCAGAAUUUAAUGAUUUGCAUUCAUCUCAAGAGCUAGGUGUUGCUACAAGCCAGCAGGCUUCUGACAAUGAAUGGUUCUUGGUUGACAAGCCAUCAUCUCCUAGUGGAUCCUAUGUUUUAGAACCAACUGCUGACUCUGGGCCAUAUGCUGAUCAGUCUGACCUGCAUGAUGAUAGAGCUAGUUUACAUCCGAGUGCAAAACCAGACGAAGCCCAAAUAUCAGGACGAGAUGCUACUGUUGAAAAUCUUAGCAAUGAAGGUAUUGAAUCUACUUCUGCAUCUAGUAUGCGUUUGCAGGAGGACAACUCUGGUGGUGCAUCCUAUUUCCAGAGCAUGGAUUCCUAUCAGCCUCAUAGUCAUGCUUUUGAACAUCAGGAAGUUGAAGAUGUCAGUGUAGCAGUAUCAUCAGCUGCAGCAAGCUUGCAGCAACUGCAUUUGCAGGAGGAGCUAGGGGUACCCUCUUCCCAGGAUAACCCUGCUGUAGUAAUUCCAAAUCACCUGCAAGUCCCAACUGCAGACUGUUCGCACUUGAGUUUUGGUAGCUUUGGAUCUGGUAUAAGUGCAACGUUGUCUGCAUCAUUUGCAUCUAGACCCUUAAAAGGUAACUUGGAGGAGGCCUCUGUAUCAGUAGAUGCUUCAUCAGUUGGCCACUCGGAUGCUAGAAAUUCUGAAUACUACGGAGAUGAGGAUAUUAGAUCCUCGAAUGAGAAUAUAGUUCCAAGAGCCAGCACUGGAACUGAGGUAUUCGAUCCAGAAUCUUCUUCACAACCAGAGGUUAUGAAACAGGAUACUUCUGAAUCUACACAUAGACACCACUACGAUUUUCCAUCUUCUGUACCUGGUUACACAUUUGAAAACACGACACAGCCUAAUGCUGGGUUUGCUUAUGCACAAACAAACUCUCAGAUGCAGAAUCUUGCUCCUUUUUCAAGUGUUCUGCAAGCAUAUACAAGUUCUUUACCAAGUAAUUUGUUGGCAUCAAAUGUUCAACCAGCAAGAGAGUCUGAUAAUUCCUACUCACCCUUCCCUUCAACACAAUCAAUGCCCACAAAACCCAGCAAUGCAGUAUCUUCUUUUAGUGGUCCAACCCUGUCUAUGCCAGAGGCAGUGAAGCCAGGCAUUUUUUCUACUCAGCCAACUGCACAAACCCUGCCUGGUACUAGCAUUGCCACAGUACCCACUCUUCCUCAACACCUAACAGUGCACCCUUAUUCACAACCAGCUCUUCCUUUGGGGCAUUUUGCAAACAUAAUUGGCUACCCUUUCCUGCCUCAGAGCUAUACGUAUAUGCCCUCUGCUUACCAGCAAGCAUAUGCAGGUAACAAUGCGUACCAACAAUCUCCGGCUGCAGUACACAAUACUGGUGUAAAGUACACCCUCCCACAAUAUAAGAAUAGUGUUUCUGCAAGCAGUUUACCUCAUUCUACUGCUGUUGCUUCUGGUUAUGGAGGCUUUGGGAAUUCAACCAACAUUCCUGGAAGUUUCCCACUGAAUCCUUCUAGCACACCUGCAAGCACAACAAUUGGUUAUGAUGACGUUAUAAGCUCUCAGUACAAGGAUGGCAACCAUUUUAUCCCUCUUCAACAGAAUGACAACUCUGCAAUGUGGGUGCAUGGGCCUGGUUCAAGAACUAUGUCAGCUCUUCCAGCUAGCACAUAUUACAGUUUUCAGGGACAGAGCCAGCAGCAUGGUGGAUUUCGACAGGCUCAGCAACCUUCACAGCACUAUGGAGCUUUAGGAUAUCCAAAUUUCUAUCAGUCUCAACCGAGGGUCUCACAGGAACAUCCACAGCAAAACCCAAAUGAUGGAACACUUGCUGGUUCUCAGGGUGUACCAACUAAGCAAUCACACCAGAUCUGGCAACAUAACUACUGAUCAUCUCUCAAUGGUUUUUCAGGGUCUUGUAGUAAGUUGAAUGUAGCCAGUCAAGAUGUAGUUACGGUUAGAUGAAAUGUGUCUUUGAGUGUUUGGUUCUGAUCAAACUGUACAUACUUGAAAAAGCACUUGAAUGGCUACUGCCCUGUGCCUUUGAAGUUGUAUUGUAUGUCUGUUAUCGAGGUGUUUUUCUUGAGGUAGGAGCAUGCUGCUAAUCUGAGCUUAGUUUUUUUUUUUUUUUCUUUGUUUUGAUAGCGAGGGAAAGGCUCUGUUUGGAUAAUACAGGUCCUCUGUAAUAGUUCAGUAAUGGAUAUUACCUAACCAGAGUUUUUGUCCCCCAGAUUGUGUACUAACCAUUCGAAAUUCUUCUUUCAGAGGCUUUAUUUAUUUAUUUUUGCCACCUUUGUAUUUUUCAAAGCUUUUGAACCGUUGUUAUGUCCAAUAGUGAAACUUUGUGUUCUCAGCA